AUGGGCGGUGCAGCGCCUCCGGUCAACCAGUCUCGCCUCGAGGAGCUUCUCGAGCAGAUCCGGACGGAGUUCAGCUCGCAAAGCCGUACCACCGAGGCCUACGAGCACCAGAUCCAGGCCCAGGUCAGCGAAAUGCAACAUGUCCGUGAAAAGGUCUUCAACAUGGAGCAGAUGCACCUGAACCUCAAGCAAAAGUACGAAGAAGAGCUGGCUCAUCUCCGCCGGCAACUCGAGAUCAGUCGCGGCGGAAAUGCUCCUCCCGGCAUGAACAGCGGCCCGCCUCCCCACAACGCACCCUCUCAACAGCCUCCUUCCAUUCCCUCGGGCAAUGGUCUAUUUAACGGCAUAAUGGCGGGCGGCGGCCAAGGUGGCCUCGCCCCUCCCCCUCCUCCCCAGGACCAGCAGAUGGGACCCCAGCAGCACCAGAUGCCUCAGGGACCUCCCGGCUUGCCUGCUCCCCCUCCCCCUCCUCCGCCGCAGUCCCAGCCUCCCCACUUCCAGCAGCAGCAGCAGCAACAGCAGCAACAGCAGCAGCAGCAACAGCAGCAGCCGCCUCAGCAGGCGCCCUACCCCCAAGGUCCCGUUCCUGGCGGUAUCGGUGCUCAGCCCCCGCAGAGCACGGCAUCUCCUGGUCCCGGUAGGCGCGGAAUUGGCCGUCCUCCUGGCGGCGUGGGACCGGCCACCCCGCAGAUCAACACCCCGAUCCCCUUCCCCGGCGCUACCCAGUCGCCCCAGGUCAGCCACCCGACGCCCGACCACGCUCGCAUGGGCAACCCCCAUCCUCCCCCUCCCGCUCCUCCGGUCGGCAACGCUCUGGGCGAUCUGGACAUUGAUCGCCUGCCGUCAUCGGCCAAGAAGUCGGGCUAUGACUGGUUCGUCGUGUACAACGAGCGCGUUCCCCGCAUGAUCGACGUCGAUCUCGUCCACACCCUCGGCCACGAGAGUGUCGUGUGCUGUGUUCGCUUCAGCCACGACGGAAAGUACGUGGCCACUGGAUGUAACCGAUCGGCGCAGAUCUACGAUGUGCAGACCGGCGAGAAGCUCUGCAUUCUCCAGGACGAAACAGCCGACGUCUCUGGAGAUCUUUACAUUCGAAGCGUGUGCUUCAGCCCCGACGGCAAGUACUUGGCAACCGGUGCCGAGGACAAGCUGAUUAGGACUCGCACGAUCCGCAACACGUUCUCAGGUCACGAGCAAGAUAUCUACUCGCUCGACUUUGCCCGUGAUGGUCGUACGAUCGCUUCCGGCAGUGGCGACAGGACCGUUCGUCUGUGGGACAUAGAGCCCGGCAGCAACACCCUGACGCUCACCAUAGAAGACGGCGUCACGACUGUUGCCAUCUCUCCCGACACCAAGUACGUGGCGGCGGGCUCACUCGACAAGAGCGUCCGCGUCUGGGAUAUCCACCAGGGCUACCUCCUCGAGCGCCUCGAGGGACCCGACGGUCACAAGGAUAGUGUCUACAGCGUUGCCUUUUCGCCCAAUGGCAAGGACCUCGUCAGCGGCAGUCUCGAUAAGACGAUCAAGAUGUGGGAGCUGUCGACACCACGGGGUCUUCCUAACCCUGGCCCCAAGGGCGGCCGUUGCGUCAAGUCCUUCGAGGGUCACAGGGACUUCGUGCUGUCCGUGGCUCUCACACCCGAUGCCGCGUGGGUCAUGUCGGGCUCCAAGGAUAGGGGCGUGCAAUUCUGGGACCCCCGCACAGGUGCCACGCAGCUCAUGCUUCAAGGACACAAGAACUCUGUCAUCUCUGUGGCGCCCAGCCCAACUGGCGGGUACUUUGCUACGGGAUCGGGCGACAUGAGGGCCCGUAUCUGGUCAUACCGCAGCCUGCAGUAA